AUGACUCAAGCAAGCGCAGCCUGGCCCAACGGAAUCUCCGUCCCCCUCACCACCCCCUUCAAGGCGGACGAGACCGUCGACACCGAGGCGCUCGCUGCCCAGGUCGUCCGUCUCGCCAAGGCCGGCGUCGGAAUCGUCCUCCUCGGCACCAACGGCGAGGCCUCGCACCUCUCGCCUGCUGAGCGCUUCCUCGUCAUCCAGACCGGUCGCAAGGCCCUCGACGACAAUGGUUUCGCCGACCGUCCCCUCCUGGCGGGCACUGGUGGUGGCUCGGCGGCUACCACCAUCGGCAUCACCAUUGAGGCCAAGAAGGCCGGUGCCACCCACGCCAUCGUCAUCAUCCCAGGCUACUUCUCGUUUGCUAUGGGCCGUGACCGCGCCGCGGUGGUUGCAUUCUUCAAGAAGGUCAUGGACGAGUCGCCCCUCCCUGUCAUGAUCUACAACUUCCCUGGCGCUGCUGCGGGCAUCGACCUCAACUCUGACGAGCUGAUCGAGCUGUCCAACCACCCCAACUGCUUUGGCGCCAAGCUCACCUGCGCGAUGAUCGGCAAGGGCCAGCGCCUGGCCGCCCACACCCAGUCCAAGGAUUACCUGGCCAAGCACGGCCAGUACCUGCAGUCGGUCUCUGCGUCGGGAGCCUUCCAGGUGCUCCCCGGCUUCUCCGAGUCGCUCGUCCCGGCCCUGCUCGCCCGCCACACCGGCUGCAUCACCGGUACCGGCAACGUGUUCCCCAAGACCAUGCAGAAGCUGUAUACCACCGCCCUCAAGGGUCUUGCGGGCGACCAGACGGCACUCGCAGAGGCCAUGAUCCUCCAGGACCGUGUGGCUCGCAGCGACUACAUUAUUGUCAAGGCCGGCAUCCAGGGCACCAAGCACGCCCUCGACCACUUUGUCCAGAAGGGUCUCGGCGGCUAUGCCCGUCUCCCCCUUGGCCCCGUCUCGCCCGACGUCGUCAAGAUGGUCGAGGAGGACCUCAAGGAGGACUGGGAGUACGAGUGCAGCCUUUAA